AUGCAUACUUUCUAUCUUCCUUUCAUUCUUUCAUUGUCAAUGCCACCUAAAAAGAAAUCUUCUAAAACAAUUUACAAAUUCCCUCAAUCUUUUCAUGAUUUACCUAAAUCACUUUCCAAAAAUUAUUAUCAACCAGAACCAGAAUCUAUAAUUAAUGAUCAAAUCAUAAUCAUCAAAAAUUUUUUCAAUAAAGAUUUAUGUAAUGAAUUAAUCAAAUCAUUUGAAACUCAACUCAAUAUGGAAACAACCCCUUUAAUCAAAAGUAAAGAAUAUGCUGCAAGAUUUAAUGAUAGACUGUCAAUGAAUGAUUUAUUAUCUGCCAAUAUCCUAUGGCAAUAUUUACAAAAAAUUUUACUCGAUAAUCCUUAUAAUGAUGAAGAUUUAAAAGAAAUUAAUCAAAUUUUUCAAGAUGCAGUAGGAUUAAAUCCACAACUACGAGUUUAUAGAUAUACACGAGGUCAUCAUUUUGGUAAACAUUAUGAUGAUUCAGUGAUAUGUCCAAUCCCACCACAAGGAACUAAAAAAGGUUUUACAAAAUGGACAUUAUUGAUUUAUUUAACUGGAGAUGAAGAAUUUAAAGGUGGUGGCACGAUUUUUUAUCCCGAAAUUAAGAACAUUAAACCAUUGAAUAUUCAUCCUAAUAAAGGGAUGGCUCUUUUACAUAAACAUGGUGAUGAUUGUUUAAAACAUGAGGCAGAGAUGGUUGCAAAUGGAGCAAAAUGGGUAUUACGUAGUGAUGUUGUAUUUCCUAUCUAA